AUGAAAUUUAUUCUUUUUUUAAUUGUAAUUUCCAUAUUCUUCUUUCAAACGCAAUCAAAAUUUACAAAAGUAUUCGCAAUUUCGUGUAAUUUGAGACAAAAUUGGAAAGUUGAGUUAUUUUUUGCUAAAAACGGCGAGCUUUUAUUCCGAUUCGAAAAGCAUUUGAUAACAAAUCGUAAUGAUUAUCUAGCAAUUCAUUCUUUCGGAGCUAAUGAAGUGGUUUGUUUUUUUUACGCAAAGUAUUUUCAAAUUUUCAAAAGUUCUUCAGCCAACAGAUGUUGUAUAUCAACAUAACUGCAAUGAUGAUUCAAAAGAAUGGAAACAAUUUGAGGAAUCAAUUGAUCAUCCUGUUUUGUUGGAUAACAGAGGAAAAUAUUAUAAACAUUUCAAUGAUCGAUACUGA